UUCAGAAGUCUCGGUGCUACCGAAGAAAUCAAUUAAACGUGACAGGUAAAAAAAAGGCGCGAUACUACAAGCUUUGGCGCAAUCGGAAAAUCUGAUUGUAAUAGAAUUGAAAUCAUGAAAAAGUAAACUCGGUGCUUGAAUUUUUCAGACAUGAUUAGAAGGAUUUCUUCGAAUUACCUUUUCUUUGCGUUAGGGUUUCUGCUUUCCACCGGAAUCCCCUUCGCUGACGGUGAAUCAUCUACAUGCUUGACGGUUUACAAAAACGGCGGUGCUCCGGCGGUGUUCCAAUCCCCGAAAUGCCCCCGCUGGAGACUCUUCGAUUACGAUUCUCCUCGUCAAACUACAACUCGUUGUCAGUCGUCGAUGCUCCAGGGUCGAAGAAAAUCACAAGAGGAUCGCACACUCUGUGUCCUCGAUGUUCGCAUUCCAUUCCCCGCAGGUCCGAUGGGGAUCAGGGAGGUUGUAGUUGGAAUUGUGGCGGUUUUCGACGGCCAUAACGGUGCUGAAGCUAGUGAGAUGGCGUCGAAGCUUUUGAUGGAGUAUUUUGUUCUGCAUACUUAUUUUCUUCUUGAUGCCAUGUAUUCUGUUGUAUCAAAGACUUCGACAGGAACAUUGCUUCACAGGAGAGACAGUGAUCACGUAAACUUAUUGCAUAGAUGGAAAGAGAUUUUAGGUUGGCAAUGGCAUGAACAGCAUUCGGAAAGGUUGCGGAAUGUAUUUUCUGCUAACUUUGAUGAUUCUUUUCACUUGGAAAUUUUAAAGGAAGCAUUGUUGAGAGCAAUCCAUGAUAUUGAUGCAAAGUUUUCUGAGGAAGCCUCUAGAAAUAACCUUCACUCAGGAUCUACAGCAACAGUUGUAUUGGUUGCAGAUGAUAAAUUUUUGGUUGCCAAUAUUGGAGACUCUAAGGCUUUCUUGUGCUCUGAAAAUUUUCAGUCCCCUAAGGAGGCUAAAGACUCCCUAUUAAAGCUAUAUAGACAGACAGAGCGUGAUGGUUCUGUUUCUGUGUGGGAUCGUGAAAAGUACAGAUUAGCUUCUUCCCACGGGCUCGCUCAUUUUGCAGUGAAGGAGUUGACUAGCGAUCAUCAUCCAGACAGAGAGGAUGAAAGAACUCGGGUGGAAGCUGCUGGUGGUCGAGUUCUGAAUUGGGGUGGUUUGCCUCGCGUAAAUGGUCAGUUGGCCAUUACACGAGCUAUUGGUGAUGUGUUAUUUAAAAGUUAUGGAGUUAUAUCUGCACCAGAAGUGACUGAUUGGCAGCCUCUAACUGCUAAUGAUAGCUACUUGGUGGCUGCAUCUGAUGGUGUCUUUGAGAAGUUGAGCGUACAAAAUGUCUGUGAUUUGUUGUGGGAAGUACACCGUUUUAGGGACAUGAGAUCAGAGUGCACCUCUUCAUCUUCCUAUUCAUUAGCAGAUUUAAUUAUUGAUGCUGCCUUUGAAAAGGGCAGUAUGGACAAUAUUGCAGCAGUUGUUGUUCCUCUGGAAUCGGCCAACUUUUCUGAGAACUCGCUUAGAAGAAGCUACACUGAAAAUGGUGAUACAGGUUUCCCAUUAUUUGGUCUGCAGGAAUCUGCUUACAGAAGCUCUGUUAAUGAUAUCACCUCCCAUCUAUUGCACCCGGAGCACACUCGUCAGCUAGAUACCAAGUUUAAGCGAAUAUUGGUUGAAGUGAAACAUGGUGAUUUUGGAUGUUUUUAUUUAGCGGAAAAUCUUGAUGAUUCAGUGGAAUCUAAAUGGCCGGCUAAAAAAGAUGAUUGGGAAGAUUAUUUGUAUGAACUACCCCAGCCUCUACCAAACAACCUUCAUCAACAAACUGAAGUAGACGGCCCUAUAAUUUUGUACAGCGACCAAAACUUCUGCUUUUACCUGAGCUCUAAUAUCAAUGAACCCAAAGACCAGUGCAUAAAUCCAGAAGGCUUUGCCAGUUUUAUUGGUCUUCUUGGAUCAAUUCCUUUACAUGAUACAGGUUCUGAUGAUGGUUCUUCUGACUACUCAAUGCCGGAUUCAAGGUAUAUACUUAGGAGGAGUUUUGGUCGUGGAUCAUAUGGUGAAGUAUGGUUGGCUUUUCAUUGGAAUUGUAAUGAAGGUAACAUUACUGCAGAAACGAGCAAGGGUGACAAUAACAGAAACAGAAGCUCAAGUAAUCCUGAAUGUCAGGAUGGUUCUUCUAACUACACCCUGUACAUUUUGAAACGUAUAAUGGUAGAGAAAGGGUCUGCUGUGUACUUAAGUGGGCUGAGGGAAAAAUACUUCGGCGAAAUUUUCUUAAAUGCCUCUAUGUGCUUUGAAGAUGUGCUAAUGGGUGGAAAAUCAAACUGUGUAUUUGAAACAUCACAAUAUGGUUCUGAGUAUUCAUUUCAAAACAAAUUUCAACUGCAAGGUGCCUUAUAUGAAGAAGGUUUGAACCAUAUUGCAAGAUAUGUGGAAUCUUUUGAGUCUCGGUCCAAUGAAAUAUGGCUUGUAUUCAGUUAUGAAGGAGUGUCAUUGUCAAAGCUUUUAUACACUAUAGAAGAUGCAAACAAUACAGCUGAGAAAGAAAGACUUGAGCAAGUGAAACAAGUUCAGAUACUACACCCAUCAAAGUGGUGGCGUUGGUUGAAAACAACAGAAGAAGGGCAAGAAGAAAUGCGCAACCUUAUCUGGCAGCUGUUGUUGGCACUCAAGUCUUGUCACGACCGCAAUAUCACACACAGGGACGUUAAACCUGAGAAUAUGGUGAUAUGCUUUGAAGAUCCAGAGUCAGGGAGAUGCUUGAAAGAGGCUCCAACCAAACUUAAUAAUUUUUCCACCAAAAUGCGUAUUAUUGACUUUGGAAGUGGAAUUGACGAAUUCACAAUAAAGCAUUUGUAUGCUUCUACUGGGCCUUCAAGAGCUGAACAAACUUACGAGUACACACCUCCUGAAGCUUUACUAAAUGCUACAUGGUAUCAAGGGUCAACAAGCUCAAAUUUGAAGUAUGACAUGUGGAGUGUUGGUGUUGUGAUGUUAGAGAUGGUCUUAGGGACACCCAAUAUUUUCCAGAUAAAUGCUUUUACACGUGCUCUUUUGGACCGCCAUCUUGAGGGCUGGAAUGAGGGUGUGAAGGAGCUGGCAUACAAAUUUAGAUCGUUCAUGGAAUUGUGCAUCUUAAUCCCUGGGGUUUCUGGCAGUCACUCAAAAAAGUAUCACAAAGCGAAUCAAGUAGGAGUUUCGCCUGCAUCCUGGAAAUGUUCUGAAGAGUUCUUUUCUAGACAAAUUAAAGCUAGAGAUCCUCUUAAAAUAGGUUUUUCAAACAUCUGGGCUUUACGGUUAGUGCGCCAUCUGCUACAAUGGGACCCGGAGGAUCGGCCAAGUGUUGAUGAGGCACUACGGCAUCCCUAUUUCCAACCUCCGCCGAGAGGAUGAUUUUACAGGUUGAAACAACGGGUGUCUUGCACUGAAUAUUCAUACCAGAGGAAUUGAAAGUUUCUAAUUGGUGAGGCAGUACAAGAAAUGAUUUCAAGAUCAUAUGCGCUCUUCUAUCACUGAAUGGAUCUCACUCAACAGAUGGAGAUUUUUGUGUGAAAAGCACAAUAUGCUACAUUCUGGAAAUACAUGGCGUUAACAAGCUGACAAUAUGUCACAUGGAAAGGAAGAAAAAAAAGACAAGCUAACAUGUAGCAAAAUUAAAUGCAAUAUGGGCACCUCAAAAUCCAUGUCAUACCUGCUACCAGUUCGCUAUACGGGUAAUUACUCAGAAUGUACUAAAAUUAACUUUUAAAAUAUAAAAAAUUGAUAGAUCAUUUUGGGUGCAUGUGAAUACCUUUUGAACAACUAGUAGCUGUGUCUAUAUAUAUCUUGUAGUGUAAAUAGUAUAAAUUUAGAUUUUCUCUUUCUUUUUAUGAUCAUAUCGAUAUUGUUUUCAUAUUGUUGUAUAUCAUUUCUCUC